UCUGCAAAGCAAAUCUCCGCAGACCGGCUGUUGGGGGAAAAAAGUGUUAGCCGUCUCUCCCGGAUCUGCAAGGGAGAAAAAAUUUGGAACCAUAAAGUUGAAAACUUUUUUCUCUCAGUUUGGAAGAAGCCCUUCGUCAUGAAUGGCAGCGGUGGAGCUCGGGCGAGAGGAGGCGAGAGGCGCAAAGGAGGGGAGAUUUCUCGCCUGCCGCUCGCGCUGGGGCUCGAUGUGAAUAUAUAUUAUGUCUGCCUGUUCUCCCCUCGUCGGUGGCUAAGGUCAGCCGCUCGGAACAGACCCGAGAGGAGGGGGGCAGAAAGGGGAGGGGGGGGUCCGGCCUGUCACGUGACCCCCAGGGGUGCCAAUGUCCGGUCGUGAGGGUACCAGGCCCUUGCAAGUUGCCACCCACUGCCCGGGCCUCGCCCAGCGAUGCAGAAAGCCACCUACUACGACAACGCCACGGCUGCGCUCUUCGGAGGCUACUCCUCAUACCCUGGCAGCAAUGGCUUUGGCUACGACGGCACCCCCCAGCCCCCCUUUCAGGCCACCACGCACCUGGAGGGCGACUACCAGCGUUCAGCGUGCUCGCUGCAGUCCCUGGGCAACGCCGCCCCGCAUGCCAAGAGCAAGGAGCUCAACGGCAGCUGCAUGAGGCCCGGCCUGGCCCCCGAGCCCCUGCCCGCCCCGCCCGGCUCGCCCCCGCCCAGCGCCGCACCUACCAGUACCACUAGCAACAGCAAUAACGGGGGCGGACCCAGCAAAAGCGGCCCCCCCAAGUGCGGGCCCGGCUCCAACUCCACCCUCACCAAACAGAUAUUCCCCUGGAUGAAAGAGUCGAGGCAAACAUCCAAGCUGAAAAACAGCUCCCCCGGCACAGCAGAGGGCUGCGGCGGCGGCGGCGGAGGAGGAGGAGGCGGCGGCGGCGGCGGGGGAGGGGACAAGAGCCCCCCGGGGUCGGCAGCGUCCAAGCGGGCGCGGACGGCUUACACGAGCGCGCAGCUGGUGGAGCUGGAGAAGGAGUUCCACUUCAACCGCUACCUGUGCCGGCCGCGCCGCGUGGAGAUGGCCAACCUGCUGAACCUCAGCGAGCGCCAGAUCAAGAUCUGGUUCCAGAACCGGCGCAUGAAGUACAAGAAAGACCAGAAGGCCAAGGGGCUGGCCUCGUCGUCUGGAGGCCCCUCUCCCGCCGGCAGUCCCCCGCAGCCCAUGCAGUCCACGGCCGGCUUCAUGAACGCCUUACACUCCAUGACCCCCAGCUACGAGAGCCCGUCCCCGCCCGCCUUUGGCAAAAGCCACCAGAAUGCCUAUGCGCUGCCCUCUAACUACCAGCCCCCUCUCAAAGGCUGCGGUGCUCCGCAGAAGUACCCCCCGACCCCGGCGCCCGAUUACGAGCCCCACGUUCUCCAAGCCAACGGGGGCGCCUACGGGACGCCCACCAUGCAGGGCAGCCCGGUGUACGUGGGCGGGUGCGGCUACGCGGACCCGCUGCCGCCCCCUGCCGGCCCCUCCCUCUAUGGCCUCAACCACCUCUCCCACCACCCCUCGGGGAACCUGGACUACAACGGGGCGCCCCCUAUGGCCCCCAGCCAGCACCACGGACCCUGCGACCCACACCCCACCUACACAGACCUCUCCUCUCACCACGCGCCUCCUCCUCAGGGUAGAAUCCAAGAAGCGCCCAAAUUAACACACCUGUGAUGGGAGAGGAAGGACGGAGGGGCGAGGUCAAGGGCGAGGGGUGGGAAGUGGGAGGCUGUGGAGCCCUGGGGGCAGCCUGGGGGUCUGAAAGAGGGGGUAGGGAGGGUCGCCAGGCUUCCAGGACAGAAGAGGCCUGGAGCUCCUUCCCCUCCCCUCCCCCUCGCCUGAGAGGUUGCUUUUGAGUCCUCCACCCCUUGUUCCAUCUGCCUGCCAACCCAUCGGAAAGGAAUCCACAGCAGAUUGGAGAUGACCCCAUCAACCCGAGGGCUGCAGCACUACCAAGUUGGAAUUCUACGCUGGGGAGUACGGUAGAGGAAGAUAAGAUAGGAAAGCAAGGCAGAGAAGCACAUUAAAAACAAACAAACAAACAAACAAACAAAAAAACAACAGAUGAGAUGGCUAGGCCGUCAAUAACCAACCAACCAACUUACCUUCCAUCUCUGUGGGUAAUUCCCCCACAUCUUGAUUUUUUUCCCCUUCAGUUCUCCUUAAAACAAGAAGAAAACACAUUUCAAAUUCAAGGGCACAAAGCACCACCACUUCCCACUUCCUUGAAGCCUCAAAUUUGCUCCCAUCUAUUUGAGGGUUAUUAGGGCACCCCCUUCAUUGCUAGCCCUAUGUUUUUUUUGCACCACCCCCAUCAAUUACAGUUUUCAGAGGGCUCAGGAAUAAUAAGAGAUCCUGAAAGAGCUACUUAUAUUAUAAAUAUAUAUUUUUUUCUUUUAAGGAAAAGUUAGGCUGGGGCAGGCAAGUUAUCAGGACUGAAGACUGGCCCAUUUUGUCGCUUCCCCACUCAGCUCCAUGUCCAUCCCCUUCAUUCCACAGAAAUCAAUCGGUGACACGAGGUUCUACACUUUUCUUUUCUUCUGUUGCUCUCUUGACUUAACGUGAAAACAGGGUAUAUUUGAACAAACUGUCUGUCCCAGGCAGGGGCUGCAGCUGGGCCUGUAUGCCUUGCUCAGCCUCCUGACAGGACACUUUUCUUGCACUUAGAGUUUACAUUUUAAUGGAUAUGAAAACAACUGUGAGAGGUGCCUGGGCCUGCAGAAGUCCAGCAUCGCUCAAAAAGCGUGUGUUCUAGUGAACAUUUUCAUAUAUAUUUAUUGGUUAUAGCCUGUUAAAAUAUUUUCUUUUUUGUAUUAUUUAUCCCCCCUACAUUAUGUAUUUAUAUGAGGGAAAAAAGAAAAAAAAAACUGUACUUUUUUGGUAUUUACUUGUUAUAAAGGACAUUGUGUUUCCUGUCAUGUAAAACCAGCUAUUUUAGUUAUUAUCGUACUCUAGAAAAGAGCUGUAGAUUUAUGUUACACUCGUACUUAUGAGCAAUUGUAAUUAGUUCUAAAAGGCAUGAACUCGGCUCCUAAUCGUCACUGUAUAGUCCUGAAUUUGUAGAAUUAGAAUUAAUUCCCUCUUGGAACUUUCUUUGUUCUUCUGUAGUUACUUUUUUUUCCUUACUUAAAAGGGGUUGUCUGUCAAACAAUUCUUGAAUAAACUUUCUGUUAUCAAUUUUA